AUGACCCUCAGCAUAUCGGAGGCAGCUCAAAAUGAGGGCCUGCUGGUUCUAGCUGUGGGCUGGAUUCUUAUUGGUAUCCCAGGUAUAUUGGUCGCUUUACGAGUUUAUUGUAAAUUGAUGCUCUCGCGAGGGUUCGGAUGGGAUGAUGGUGUUUGUGUCUUUUCUUGGUUGUUACAAAUUAUCUUUACAGUGCUGGUUACAAAAGGAGUUCAAAUGGGUGUUCUUGGAAGACAUGUCGAGGACAUUGAGAAUCAAGCGUCUAUUCCCCAUAGACUCAAGCUUUUAUACAUUGGCUUUGUGAUAAUCAUCUUUGGCUGCGUAUUCGCUAAAACUUCAUUCGUUAUCACACUGCUGCGCAUAGUGACUCAACCUUGGCAGAAAGUGACAUUGUGGUUUAUUUUAAUCACUAUGAAUGUGUUGAUGUGGCUAUGUGGUAUUUGUUAUCUGGCUCAGUGUCGGCCAGCGGCUGCACUCUGGAACACAAAGUUGUUCGCUGAAGCCCAAUGCUGGCCAACCUACAUCCUCGAGAAUAUUGCCAUGGUCGCUGGAGCGUACUCUGGGUGUAUGGAUUUCAUUCUUGCUUUCUUCCCUUGGCUCAUUGUUUGGAAUCUUCAAAUGAAGAAGCAUGAGAAGUUUGGAAUUAUUCUUGCCAUGAGCAUGGGUGUAUUUGCCGCCAUAGCAGCCUUCAUCAAGACAUCAAAGCUGAAAAACGUCGCUGCAAUCACCGACUUUACGUACUACUGCUCACCUAUCCUCCUUUGGGCCUCCGCCGAAACAGGCUUGACCAUUUUUGCCUCCUCUAUCCCUGCCCUUCGCAUCUUGUUCGUACGCAUGCACUCAUCCAGCGGUGAUGCAGAGUCUCCCAGAAACUACAACGCCUCCAGGAAAAAUCAAAGCACUGCUCGCAGUGCCAACAAUGAUGACUGCGCCUCUAGGAUCAGUCCCUACUGGUCGGAACAGUACUAUAUGAUGGGUGGAGACAUUAUCACAUUGAGUAAACAGAGAGAUGAUUCAAGUGACAAGAGUAUUCUGAGUAUAUCGGGAAUUAAGCAGACGCGAGAGGUGACGAUUACAUAUGAGGCUAGUAAGGGGAAAGUAUUGGGGACUCGGAAGGGUGCUUCUCGCAAGAACCUUGGAAAGGUCCUGUAUAGGGGCUAG